AUGCAUUUCACUCCAAGGCUUGCUAGUUCGUUUCGUUUAGUUAGGAAACCUCAGCUAAGAAAGGCUUUUCUAUAUGGCAGUGGUGCUAUAGCUGUAGGAGGCGGGGUAGCUGUUGUGAGAUCUGUUGAUUCCAUCGAAGAUUUGAAGGAAAUUGGUUUAAUAAGAUUUGGAAGAGCAGUCGUAACGGUCGGCAAGAUCAUUGUUGAUUACAAAACUUCGUUGAAAGGACUGGAUGAUUUAUCUGAAGAGUAUGCUAGAAAAAUCAAAGAAUGCCAUAAACGUAGUGCAGAGCAUCUGCUAGACUUAUCUCACAAGAAUGGAGGAGUUUUCAUCAAGGUAGGACAACAUAUAGCCGCCAUGGAAUACUUAGUCCCACCAGAAUAUACAGACACUCUGAAUGUUCUCAUGUCUAAAGCUCCACAAGCUUCAUUUGAAGAUGUGAAAUUUGUGAUUGAAGACGAAUUAGGAAAACCUAUUGAGGAAAUUUUUGAUAAAUUUGAUAAGACACCUGUUGGAGCUGCAAGUUUGGCUCAAGUUCAUCCAGCCUAUCUGAAAGGAACAGGUGAGAAAGUUGCAGUUAAAGUUCAACAUCGUAGAGUUUUGAAAAAUAGUCGAACCGAUAUGAAUACGAUGGAGUUAUUAGUUAAUAUCGCUGAUAAACUUUUCCCUGAGUUCCGAUUGAUGUGGCUGGUGAAAGAGGUGAAGAAGAACCUGCCUAAUGAACUGAACUUCCUCCAUGAAGCGGAAAACGCCGACCGAGUUCGGAAAAUGUUCGCUCAUUUACCGUUUCUGAAGAUUCCUAAAAUCAUAUAUGAUUUGAGUACCCCGCGUGUGCUCACUAUGGAGUUCUGUGAAGGGGCUCAGGUGGACGACGUGAACUACAUGAAAGCUAAUAACAUUAAUCGCCAUGAUAUUUGCAAGAAAAUGGCGAAAAUGAUAUCCGAAAUGAUCUUCCUUGCCGGAUACUUACAUGCCGACCCACAUGCUGGAAAUGUGCUUAUUAAUAAAGUCAACGGACAAACUCAAAUUGUCUUACUUGACCACGGUCUGUAUUUGGAUAUGGAUGAGAAGUUCAAACGAUUAUAUUCAGAACUGUGGAUAGCUUUGUUAGACGCGAAUCAGGAACGAAUCAAGAAAGUUGCAACACAGAUGGGAGUCGGAGAGCUUUAUGGCUUGUUCGCAUGCAUUGUUACUCGCAGGUCUUGGAAAGCUGUAACUGAAGGGAUAAACAAGAGUAAAAUUGACAAAAGCGAGAAAGAAGAACUUCGACAGUAUGCAGUCUCUUUGAUCCCUCAAAUCAGCGAAGUACUCUCCCGGAUGCCCCGUGAGAUGCUGCUUAUACUCAAAACCAACGAUCUUCUUAGGAAUUUGGAACAUCAAUUGAAUGUCUUUGGAAGGGAUGAUUCCCUGAUAGAGAUGUCCAAGUGUGUCAUUCGUUCCAAUUACGACACAUCUUUAAAAGCUAGCCAGUCUUACAUUAAUUCAUUCUUAGUACGAGUUCAUUACUUCUGGUAUUAUCUCCAAAUCAGAACAUAUGAACUAUUUCUAAUUUCGAAAGACUGUUUAGGUUUGAAUUGA